AUGCUAGCAGAUGAGGCGGAGUACUGGUGGGAGAACACUUGCCCACGUUUAGAGGGAGCAGGUGGUGCUGUUGUCCAAUGGGAGACUUUCAGACAAACUUUUCUGGAGAAGUAUUUUCCAGAAGAUGUGAAGAAUAGGAAGGAGAUGGAGUUUCUCGAGCUGAAACAGGAAAGUAUGACGGUGGCAGAGUAUGCGGCGAGGUAUGAGAACCUUGUAAGGUAUUUUCCUCAUUAUCAGGGGGAAGCUGGGGAGAGGUCCAAAUGCGUGAAAUUUGUCAAUGGCCUUCGACCAGAAAUCCGCGGGAGAAGGCUGCUUUUUACAGGAAUGCCAAUGCUAGUCAUGGGAAAGAGAAGAAGCCUAUGUAUGACUCACAAUCGUGCUAAGCCAUAUUCUUCCCCUCUUGGGAAAUAUGGAAACCAUUCUGGAGGACAGAGGACCAGUGGAGGACUUCAACCAGUUGGUGGGAGUUCUCAGCAAAUUACUAGGGUGUCUCAGUUUGCGGGUAGAGGUAGUGGUAGUAGUCGUGCUCCUGCUAUUGUUACUACACCACUCAGGUGUGGGAAGUGUGGCCAGCUUAGGCAUAUUGCCCGUGAGUGCACAGAUAGAUAG